ACUGCGUAUUCUUCUUUAGCAUUCAUCGCUCUACAGCUUCUUUAACAAUGGCUGAUGAUAAGGUGGAGAUUGUUGUAUUAGACUGUGGGUUCAGUAUGUUUGGGAUGAGGGCUAGGAUUGCUCUGGCCGGGAAAGGAGUUCAAUAUAAGCGCCUGGAACAAGAUCUGACGAACAAGAGCCCUCUGCUUCUGCAAAUGAACCCAAUUCAGAAGAUGAUUCCAGUCCUCAUUCACAAUGGCAAACCCAUCUGCGAGUCCCUCAUAAUAGUCGAAUAUAUCGAUCAAGUUUGGAACCACACAGCUCCUUUACUUCCCCCUGAUCGUUAUCUCAGAGCUCGAGCCAGAUUCUGGGCUAAUUUCGUUGAUCUCAAGGUGUAUGGAGCUUCCAGGAGAAUAUGGAAUUCGAAUGGAGAAGAGCAAGUGAAGGGGAAGAAUGAGUUCAUAGAGAGCUUGAGCCAAAUGGAGGAGGAGCUUGGGAACAAGGUUUAUUUUGGGGGUGACAUGUUUGGCUUUGUUGAUGUUGCUCUCAUUCCUUUUUAUUGCUGGUUUUAUACCUACGAGACGUUUGGUAACUUCAAGAUAGAGGAAGAGUGCCCUAAACUCAUAGCUUGGGCUAAGAGAUGCAAGAUGAGGGAAAGUGUGUCCAAAUCUCUUGGGGACGAGAAGCAAGUCUACGAGUCUGUUUUGGCCUACAAGAAAUCAUCUAGGCUCGCCUAGGCUGAUUCUAAGCAAAUUACUGCACCAUAUCUAUUUUUUACCAACCAAAUAUUCCAUGCAUAUUAGGGAAUCAACAGCCGACAUCUUUGUAGACAGUGUACCUCAAUCUCAAUCAUGGUUAUCUAAUCGAUGAGCUGGUUCCACUUGGGUUUGUCUACUUAUUGAUAAUCUCAAUAAUUGACAUUAGUUUGUCGGAUGCAAUUCACUGGUUUGUCUGUAAACUAUAAUUACAAUGAAACAUCAGCAGUAAAAGUAAGCAAGAGCUUAGUGCGUUUUCUUAUGAAAA